AUGUCUCAUCCGGCUGAUGUCCCGAAUCUGCCUAAGGGCCAGCGUUCACGGCCAGUCUCUGAUCUGCCUCUUUCAACUGAUGCAGUCAGCUCCACUGUUGACAAGUCUCCUGCAGUCAGCGACAAUGGCAAGAAGUUUCCGUCAGAGGCUGGAGGAUCUGGUUUGUCGGCAGAAGAUAAGGCUACCAUACCUUCGGUCGGCAUCACAGACGACGGCGGUUUCAUUGAUGAUGACUCCGAUGAUGAUAUGGUCAUUGAUCUGGUUAAGGAGGCCGACUUCGGUUUGCGGUCGGUUGCAAUAUUGUUGAUCCCGUUCAUGUUGAGCAAAGAGAUUUCCUGCAUCAUUGACGCUGUCAAAGCACUGAUAACACACGGCUGCACCAGGAUAGACCGGGCUCUUGUUUCGCAAUCUCUACUGCCUCACCUAUCAGUUGCUUCCCAUGUCAAACCAGACGAGCCGGUGGCCGACCAUAGCUGCGCGGUGGUGGUCGCCUUCAAACUGGAUGUGAAGGCCUGCACGGGACCAGGCCUAUGGAGAUUACAUGCUUCAAUGGUGAACAGGCCGGGGGUGAGAAAGAUCAUUGAAGCAACUGUUCGGCGGACUCCGGUCAAUGAUGGCAGCAGUUUCGAGUUGCUGGUUGCAAGGUUGAGCGCAGGCCUCAGGGCGUACGCGAAGGAGGAGAGUAAGCGGGUUCGUGCGACGGUAACGCACCUGACCAGCACAGUUGCGGCUCUGACGCAAGAGAUGAUGAGGAAUCCACUCUGCUCAAGAACCAAGGAGUUGCUGAGGGCUAAGGAAGUGCAGCUAAAGAUGUAUCAGUCAGCGCGGAAAGAAAGACUUCACAUGCAAGCAGGCUCGACGGCGGAAUUAACUGGGGAGAUCGCGUCAAAACAUCUCUCAGCGCAGGUCAAGGCGCGGAAGGCACGCACCCAGAUAUCGGAGCUGAAAGACGGGUCAGCGUCGAUCACCGGGUCGAAGGAGAUUCUCGCUGCGGCUUCUGGUUUCUUUAAGAACAUUUUCAGGAAGGAUCGCCGCACUGACCGGGACGGCUGGAGCUUCAACCCUUCUCGUCGCCUGGAUGGGUGGGUGGCUGAGACACUUACAAGAGAAUGGUCAGAACAGGAGGUUAAGAAUGCUUUUGCAGCAAUGGCGCGGAACAAGUCACCAGGCAGUGACGGCUUACCCAAGGAACUGUUUGAGGCGCAUUGGGACCUGCUCGGGGAAAGCUUCAUGGCUAUGGCAAAGGACUUUGAGGGUACCGCUGCGCUGCCGGCUGAGAUCAAGGAGGCGGUGACGAUUUUGCUGCACAAGAAAGGCGACAAGGAGCAGCUAAACAACUACCGGCCGAUCACGCUGCUGAACUUCGCGUACAAGGUGCUUGCUCGGGUUGUCGCGGAUCGGAUGAAGUCGGUUCUGCACAUGGUUAUCUCACCGGAGCAGUAUGGCUUCAUUCCUGGAAGGCGUUUGUCAGAUGCGGUCGCCUUGGUGGCUGAUAUAAUCGAGGGGGCGAAGAACGAUAAGGGCGAUUGCUAUAUGCUCCUGGUGGAUUUUCAGAAAGCCUUCGACUCGGUCUCAAGGGACUUUCUGUUCCAGGUGCUGGAGUCCAUGGGCUUUCCGGAGCAGUUUGUUGGAUGGAUUGAAGGCCUGCACGAGGGUACAACAACGAAGCUGUUAAUAAAUGGCUGGCUCGGUGAAGGCGUGGAUGUGGUGUCGGGGGUGAGACAGGGCUGCCCCCUGGCGCCCUACCUCUUUCUGUGUGCUGUGGAGCCGCUGGCUCUGGAGGUGGAACGGAAGGAGCUUGGUCUGGAGAAGGAUGGGCACCGGCUAGGAUAUCUUGGUUACGCGGAUGAUACGACGCUGGUCCUGCAAGGGGAAGCGCAAAUUGGUCAGGCAGAGGAAAUUCUGGAUCGCUUUGAAAUGGUUUCGGGGUUGACGACAAACAAAAAUAAGUCGGUGGUCUUACCUUUGGGCGCUAACAUCGGCGCAACUGGGGGAGGCAGCUUCAAGUGGGCUGGAGCGGACGAAGCAGAGAGGUUGCUAGGCAUUUGGGUGACGCCGUCUGGAAGUGGCAGGCCGACUUGGGAGAAGGCGUGGAGCUGUAUCUCGGAGAAACUCACCAAGUGGCAACUGAAAUACCUGACAAUCACAGCGAGAGCAACGGUGGUCAAUUUCUACAUCACGCCGAUCCUUGCUUUUCAGGCGCAGAUCUUCCCGCCGCCAGCGGAUAUCUGGCUGGAAAUCAUGCGGCUGAUACACAGCUUUACCUCGGGUAACAGAGUGGCGACGGCAAAAGGCUUCACACUUUGGAGCAGAGAGUUGCUGUUUACCCCGAGGCUGGACGGAGGCAUUGGCGUCAGGGACCCGGAAAUCCUCAUCACCUGCUUGGCGGCAAGGAGGGUGGGGCUCUUCAUAACGGAGAAAAAUCCACUCAAGAGAGAUCUCAUGGAACGGGCCGCGAAGCUUCCGUUGGGGUUGGACUCGUUCACUGCCCACAAAAAACUGUUGAAGCACUGGGAGAAUGGCAGCGCCCAGUGGAAGCAGACGGUGGAGAGUUUCAUGCGCUCCCCUUUCUCUGUCAAGAACCUGGUGGGGAGCAGGGAGGAGGUGCUUCGGGAGAGAUUGGCCUUUAAUGCUGACAUACUUCUCAACGGCACCACUAAUCCGCUGGGGGGGCAGAAAGAUGCUCAGGGUUUGACAAAACUUAGGGUCGGAGAUCUGCUCGAAGGGGAGGAGAACGGCGCGGUGUUAGUAAAAUCCAUGGAAGUAUUAAAGCAGGAACUCGGCGGUAACGGGCCUGCGAAGCUGGCGAUGAGGGCGCUGCUGGCUCUCCCGUCUCACUGGCAUAGAUUUCUCGGAUUUCCAACAGUGCCUCCGCAGUCGGCUGGAUUAUCCUCACGGGUACCAAUUCUGGAAGGGGAGCGGGAUACAGGUGGUGACCUCGGCUCUCCGACGUGCCCUGCGCAUGCUAAAUCCCAACCGACCAUCAGCUUCGCUGGGAGAUCUACUGUUUCGGAAAACGGGUACCAGGUCAGCUUUUCCGGAGCUGACCCUCACGUCAGUGGUGCUGCAUCAAGUCUGGGUGGAAAGAUGCGAAGCAGUUUUUCUGGGGCAGAAGUUUCGGCCACAGCGGGUCCUUUGGAGGGCGGAGUCAGCUUUUAG